AUGGCUUCCGAAAGGGGAAAGCAACACCGCCUAGGCAUUAACAAUCUUGUAAUUUCGGGCUUCUUCUCAGCCGUGUUUGGCGUCUUUAUAUUUUCCUGUGGGUUUCUCCUUACUCGCUCUGAAUUAACCAACACCACUGACGUAUCCCACCACUCCCAACCUGAGUUUAAACGAGUAAUUCUACUUCUCGUGGAUGGCCUUUACACUGGUCUACUUCCUCCUGUCGACAGCACAACACGAAUGCCCUAUUUAAGGAGUCUCAUUUACCAACAGAACCAUUCUAAAAACCACUUUCUCGCCCACUUCAUAGCCGAUCCUCCAACUACCACCAUGCAACGGCUUAAAGCUCUUCUCACAGGCAGUAUGCCUACGUUUAUCGAUGCAGGAAGUAAUUUCGGUGGUAGCGAACUCCAAGAAGACAACAUACUCAAACAGUGGGCACUAACCGGUAAGAAGAUAUGUUUUGCCGGUGACCAAGUUUGGGUGGAAUUAGUACCGAAUUGGUUUUUGGAAAGCUAUCCCUUUCCUUCCUUCAACAUAAAGGACUUGGACACAGUGGAUACGGCUGUUAAAGAGUACGUUCUCCGAGAGAUUAGUCGUGACAAAUGUGAUGUGUUAAUCGGCCACAUGCUUGGCAUUGACCACUGCGGACACACCUUCGGCCGCUCACAUCCGGAGAUGGAUCGCAAGCUUGCUGAAUUGGAUAAAUUUUUGAGUGAAUGCGCUAGCUGCAUUAGUGGUGUGAUCAAUCGUUCUUCCAGCCAUCUGCUACCCCAAUUGCGAAAAUCAGACCUGCUCAUCGCUUUUGGUGACCACGGCAUGACCGCUACAGGUGAUCAUGGCGGCAACAGCGAUGCCGAGGUCGAUGCAGCUCUCUUUGCCUACACCCCGCGGGGUUUCCUGCGUGCUCCUGCCCCCAGCGCUGCCACCUCAGGUGAAGUUGUUCCUCUCCUCACUGUGGAGCAGGUUAAUCUCGUGCCCACUCUGGCAGCGCUCACAGGCACCCCGAUUCCCUUCUCAAAUCUGGGCAUUGUUGUCACACAGCUGUUUAACUUCGACCUCGUCGGACCAGUGAAUGAGAACUUUAAGCAGAUAUUCACAUACGCAAAGGAGUAUCACAAACAAUUUGGUCUUGUAACUGUCCCUACGGAGAUGAGCCGACUAAUCACCCAAAACUCUACGCAGCCUUGUUCUUCCUCCUCCCUUGAGGAGUGCCUGGCAGUGAUGCGCGCUUUGCGGGCCACCUUUCUCGUCCACUGGACCCGCAUGGACGUAUGGCGCAUCGCCCUCGGCUUCCUCCUCACUCUUAAUGCUCUCUUGGCUUUUCUGGCCUUCGAUAAUGACCUCGGUGAUCCUGGAUUUCUCUGCGUCCUUACCACACUGGGCGCCGCCGCCCUUGGCCUCUUAAAACUAACUCUGGUCGCUCUUCUACCACUGGCACUGGCUUCUUAUUGGCUGGGCGUUUUGUGGCUUAGACGGCACAGUCACUCGAUUAGUUUUGGAACUCUGGUCUCUGGCGUGAUGAUCGUGUUCGUUGUCCUCUCUUCCUGUUCGAACAGUUUUGUUAUUCAAGAGGCCAGGGUGUUGGGCUAUUUUCUGCAGUCAGUGCUUACGAUCAACUGUAUUUUCGCUGUGGGUUCUACUAGGCACUGGUCAGAGAUCGGUUCAAGCAUGCUCCUUUGCAUUGGUCUUCUCUGGGCGGGUCGAUACCUGGAGGUGUGUCGGGAAGAGUCCCCAGCCACUUCUGUGUGUGUAACUCUGGGCACCAGCGAUGGUGACGGUAGUGUCACUUUCACCUUUGCGUGGCUACUUACUCGCCUCUCGGCACUGUCAGGUGAACGACUGCGACGCCUUGCGGGUCCUCGCCUUCUCUUGGCUAGCGCUGGCCUCGGUAUCGCUUUCGUCGUUCACCGCCGCUGUCUGAACGCGUGGGGCAAUCUCCAUGUUGGCGGACUGGUUGGUUUUCUUCUCUCUACUGCUGUGCCCUUCGCUACUCUUGGACUCUCCUUCCUCUGGCUCCUCGAUGUUCUCAUUGCCUCGGUGCAUAGCGGCAACUGCGCUUCUUCACACUUCGUCGCCUUAGAAACUACGUUUCUCGCCACCUUGAGGAUCAACGUCGCUCGCGUGCUGUUUUUGCUCGGUGGAGCCCUUUUCCUUGCUCUCAUCCAUCGUCCGCUUCUCGUUACGGCGACGGUGUCGACAGCGGAGCCGUCUAAGACACGUAGACGAGGGGGAGGAGGCGAGGUCUAUCUCUCCGGUCUGACUACCGUCUAUACUGCGUGGCUUUUCACUGCACUGGUGAUGACACCGUUUCUCAUCUUGCUCGUUCUCCUCGGGGACACUUACGUGUGGCCAUGUCUGGGCAUCCUUAUCUGUCUUCUUUUUCCUCCCUUCUAUCUUUUACACUGUCCCCGCAUCCUUCCAUCUUCCCAGAAGACGGCAGCAACCGUCAUGGUUCUUUCAAGUCGCGAUCCCCAGACCCAAGUGCUAUCACAGCUGCACGCAGCGUCAGGUUGGACCGCAGCUAUCUACGCCUGCCUACUGGGCGAAUUCGGCUUCUACUGCCUGGGCCAUCAGCCCAUCUUUCCAUCGAUUGCCUGGGAGGCGGCAUUUGCGGUGCUGGAGGGGGAUCGUGUAGCCUCUGCUGCCUCUACCUUCCUGUCCGCUGCUCUCGUGCUGGCUCACACCUUUGCUGCCCAGAUCCUUGUCACUGCAGCGCUGCCUCUCCUCCUUCUUGUUUCUCUCCAUCGUUUGUCGAAGGGUCCUGUCGGACAAUCUAAACUCCUACUACUGCCCAUUCACUCUGAGAGGUGCUCCCAAGCUCUGCGGAUGGCUUUUGAUCGACUGUUUCGACGAUACCUCAUUGCUCACUUCAGUUUGUUCACGGGUCAUCUGCUGUGCGCCUUCCUUCUGCGUCGCCAUCUGAUGGUGUGGAAGAUCUUCGCGCCACGUCUUGUUUUCUCCUUCUGCGGCCUUGCUGUUGUCCUCCUCACAACUCUUGUGGUGCGUUGCCUCGUUGUGUAUCGUCUUCAUGCCGCUGUGAUUGGAUUGCGUCGUCAACUACUCACCAAAGGGAAUGUCUAG